AUGUUCAGUUUCAACCUUGAAAGAUUAAGGAGUUCCACACCUGCUAAUAUAAGGCAGUCGACACAUGCGGUGAGAUUGAUAGAAACCGUACACACAGAUUCAUUUGUUAUCUCUAGAUACCCCUGUGAACUUCCGCAGCUUAAAAGUGACGAAACCAUAUGCUAUGGCUCUCUCGAUUCUGCGACCGGAAAAGCUGUUCUGGUGACCAGCGAGAGGAUUCUCAUCUAUAACUAUAGCUCAGGAGAUAUUCAUCCUGUAUGCUUCGAAUUCAGCUACGAGAAAAAUGAGCACGGUAUUCUUCCCCAAGUCAAACUCUUUCCCAAUUCCAGUAAUAAAGAUACAAGUGUCGUGAUCGUGGAUUCUUUUACAGGAGUGGUCAGAUAUGUUGAGUCGUUGAGUCUGUCACCAUCUCUUGAAAUCUUUGACGGCGUUCAGACAACCACCGUCAAACUUUCAGCAAAUGAAAUUGUCACGAUUGUCGAUUUUUUUGUUGGAAUUGGUUUAGUUAUUGCUACUAGCCAUAGACGUGUGCUAACAUUGUCGGUGAGAGAUCACCUUGGAAAAGCAAAGUUUAUUUUGAACGAUGUCUAUGCACCGAAAUCAUUGAUGAAACUAUUUUUGGGACUGACCUCGCAGAUCGGUGCGGGAUACGAAAACACAAACAAAGUGAUCGCUAUCAAGUGUGCCAAUAGAAAUGGAGUCACAUGCCAAUUAUGCAUUCAAGAGGAGGACGGAAAACUAGUCAUUGCGGAUUGGAUGAAUGGGUCGAUUAAUAUUAGCUCACAUUAUAACCUCAAAGCACUCCUAGCCGAACAGAUACUGGACUCCGAAUCUCUUAAGAUAAAGGACAUUGAACUGAUGGGAAGUAGUGAAUAUAUUGUUCUCACAUCUUGUGAAGGAAGUACUGGAAAGAGAUUACAAAUUUCCAUGGUGAGAAUAGGAGACAAUCCUUCUGUGGUAUACGUUCACGAGAUCACUAGCAUCAGUGCAACGGAUUAUUUCCCAAAAUUAUCUGUGAAAAACCAAAUUGCAAGUAUAAUAACCAAGUCUUCCAUCAUUACGGUAGAUAUUGAGUCUAGCUUAAACGAAAGAUGGGAAGAUUUUAUUAAUUUCAAUAAAGAUGUUGCACUUUACGGAUAUGACACUGACGAGCAUGAUGAUAUAACAGUUCUGACUGAAGAAGGUAUAUUCCAAAUCAAAGUUGAAAAAACAGUGGACAGGUUUUCUAGUGUUGAUUUUCUGAAAAGUCAUAUAAGACAGGCGUUGCAAUACAGCAGUAGCCUGAAUUUACUUGAUUUUAGCCUUUCAACUUUAAGAGUGGCUGUCAGCACCGAGGAUAUUGAAAAUGCAGUUUUGGCUAUUGCACAAGAAAUAACGUCGAACAAAUUCAAUGACUUAGCUGGAUUCACACAUUUGCAGGUCAAUCUACACAAAAGAGGCGAUCUUCUGAAGAAACUAGGCCACUUUUGCAACGAAAAUUUCGUGUUAGAAGAGGCUACAUGGAUUCAGCUUAUGAGACAUGUUGAGGAAGUUGAACUCUCAAGUGCACUAUACGAAAAGCUUAGCAACAUCGAACCAUUGCGAUUGAUCGCGGAAAAGCUAAUCAGAAAAGAGAUAGGGUCCAAAAGUGUUGAUGAAUAUUUCAUGGAUCCAACUUUGUCAAUAAUCAGUUUUCUAGAACUCCUGGUAGCAAACACGGAUCUGGAAGACCCUGCAGACUUAUUGCUUUUCGGUGAAAUGCUUGCCAAUGUGCUGAAAGAGGGUUACUUAGAAAUUGAAAUCAACGAAACGAGGUCUUCGAACAUCCUCCGGGGAGCAAGAGAGUUUUUGUCGAGCGUGAAUGAGAUUUUGAAAAAUCUCACAAUUACUUACGCUGACGUUUUGGAAGCUGUUGAAGAGAGCGAGCUCAAGACACGCGUGAGCAAAACUGUUUUAACUCUAGCAUUAUUCCUCUAUUAUGCCGAGAUCACAGGGCACGGUGAGCUUCUAGCUAAAAAUAGAGAAGGAUGGGUCAGAUUGUUCAUUGUUCUGGGGCAACAACAAGAAUUAAUGCAGCUCGCAGAAAAGAACAACGAUCUGGAAAGUUUAUGCGAAAUUAUUGAUUCCGAAAGAGAACAAGCCCCAGAUGGGGAUGCUUUAGUUACACUCAAACUCGAGGAGUGUUUCCAGCGUUAUGGAUACCGAUUUGCAGAGGUGUUGUUUGGAUUUUAUGCUAGAACCAGAAAGAUCCAGUUGAUCCUCAACUACUUCCCUCGAUAUCCAGAUUACGUGCGCAAGUUCUUGAGUUCUAACAUCAAUAACUAUAAAUUUGCCUGGAUACUGGACGUGGAAAACGAUGAGUAUUUCAAGGCAGCAGAAAAGCUAAUUGCAUAUGUUUCCACUGCAGAGUCAGAGGAAAUUGAAAAGAAAAAGCUCGAGCUGAAUAUUGCCAAACUUUCGCUAAUAUCCCUAGAUGAGGACCAUGACAGCUUUUUGGAUGAGAUUGAAAUACACUUGCAAAUGAUUGAGCUUCAAUCAAACUAUGCGAGAUUGAUCGAUUCAAAAACUAAAGACGGGUUUAUACAGGAGUCAAGGUACUUGGUCGAUAACAAGCUUACGAGCUUUGAGAGUCAGAUUGGCAAUAUCGUGGCAAAGAUGGAUAAGCAACAACAAUUGGCAUUGUUUGAGAUGGUCCAGUUACUGACAUUAGUGACGUUUGAUGAGUUCAACCAUAAUAAUUUCGCCAACUUGUUCAAAUUGUUGAAUUUGAUCAAGCACUCAAAUCCAUCAAGAGUGAUAAGCAACCUCAGUGGAUAUUCGCAUUAUCACGAGAUUCUGGAAACCUUGAUAUGGAAAAGGCUGUUUUUGACUACUGAUUGGGAUGGAAUCCUAAAUGGAUCUGACGUGCAUACAAAUGAGUAUUUCGAAAUGAUGACUGGGAUAUCGAGUCUCAAUAUGGAACUUCCCUCUAAAGUCCAGGAUCUAAUGAUGGAUCCGGACGAUAUUAAUUAUCUAGAGGCUGACGAAAGCCUUCGUGAUGAUUUGCUGAAGGAGAACGAUCUUUUGUCGGACCUGAACAACAAGAUCAAACUAGAACAAUGGUUAAAUAGAUUGAAGUAA